CUAUCAAAAAAUUUAACUUUAUACGAAACAAUAGUAAUUAACGAAAAAAUGCUGGCCGCAACAUAUUACGAUCUCAGUAACAGAACAACUCCUAACGAAGUAGUAAACGACAAAUGGAAGGAUAGAAUGGACAAAAUUACAAAUUUGCUUUAUUUUAAAGCAACUAGGGAUACUAUGUUAAAAGGGUUGGGCAAAAAUUCGACAUGGCUGCUUAUUGGAAAUAGCCAUGCAAUGACACUUACAAGACACAUAGAAAGAGCAUUUAUUAACGAUUAUUCGGAGUUUUACAAGUUUUAUACGACGGGUUAG